CGUGACUAGAGCCACCACACCACCAUUCUUUAUUUCUCUCUCCUUAACUGGAAAAACACUAAGCAAUUAUUGGGUGGGAUGGGAAUGAGAGAGAAACAAACUUCAAAUUGGAAGCUGCUGCAACCCUUUUUCUUCUCCAUUCUUCAACAAUUUGAUACCCAAGUAGCUUGAAUGUAAUGUUUUUAUUCUGAUUCAGUAGAAUUCAACAUGGUACAGGGAUCUGCAGUUGCCACCCAUCUCCCAGAGAUAUCAUUCUGGAGGCCUGUAUUGAAAAUGAGAAAUGCCAAGAUUACAACUUUUCUCAUCUUGGUUGUCAUUGUUUCUGUGUCUUUCUUAUCUUCCGUGUGGAUUGACACUUCUAAGUUUUUGAUCCAGAAUCCCACAAACCAAACCAUGAUAAUCUCUGAAACUCACAAGAGCACUCCACAGAGAAUCGAAUUCCCAUUGGAAUGCUGCACCGGCAACCAAACACAAACCUGUCCAACAAACUACCCAACAACAUACCAGACCGAAGACUUUAACCGGGUUUGCCCCGAUUACUUCCGGUGGAUCCACGAAGAUUUACGACCCUGGCGCACCACCGGAAUCACCAGAGACAUGGUGGAAAGGGCCAACGCUACGGCGACGUUCCGGCUAGUAAUCGUCGGCGGCAAGGCGUACGUUGAGAAGUACAGAAAAUCUAUACAGUCGAGAGACGUGUUCACCAUCUGGGGCAUCCUUCAGCUACUGAGGAGGUACCCCGGCAGGCUGCCGGACCUGGAACUGAUGUUCGACACGGAGGAUAAGCCGGUGGUGAAGUCACGGGAUUACCGUGGGGCGAAUUCCAGGGGACCACCUCCGGUAUUCCGUUACUGUGGAGAUAAGUGGACGAUGGACAUCGUGUUCCCUGAUUGGUCCUUCUGGGGAUGGGCAGAGAUAAAUAUAAAGCCAUGGCAUGGUAUAUUGAAGGACAUUGAAGAAGGAAACAAGAGGAGGAAAUGGAUGGAUAGAGAACCUUAUGCCUACUGGAAAGGAAACCCUUUUGUUGCUGACACCAGACAAGACCUCCUCAAAUGCAAUGUCUCAGAACAACAAGACUGGAAUGCCCGCCUUUACAUCCAGGAUUGGAUACAAGAGUCCAAACAAGGAUUUAAACAAUCAGACCUUGCUAACCAAUGCACCUACAGGUAUAAGAUCUACAUUGAAGGAUAUGCAUGGUCAGUAAGUGAGAAAUACAUUCUAGCUUGUGAUUCAGUUACGCUGCUUGUGAAGCCUAAGUUCCAUGAUUUCUUCAUAAGAAGCUUGCAGCCAGUGCAUCACUACUGGCCAAUACGAGACAACGACAAGUGCAAGUCCAUCAAGUUUGCCGUAGAUUGGGGCAACAGCCACAAGAAGAAGGCACAGGAAAUUGGACAAGCAGCCAGCAGAUUCAUGCAGGAGGAGCUGAAAAUGGAUAAUGUGUAUGACUACAUGUACCACCUGUUGAAUGAGUAUGCCAAGCUUCUGAGGUAUAAGCCAAGUGUGCCUGAUGGGGCUGUGGAGUUGUGCUCAGAGGCCAUGGCCUGUCCUGCAAGUGGGCUGGAGAGGAAGUUCAAGAUGGAGUCACUGGUCAUGGGCCCUUCUAUUUCAAGCCCAUGCACUUUGCCUCCCCCAUUCCCACCCAAUAUUCUUGCUACAUUUAUAAAGAGAAAAAUCAAUUCAUUGAACCAAGUGGAGAAAUGGGAAAAUGGGUAUUGGGAAAAGUUUCAAUAAAGCAGCAGCAAUAGUGAUCCAGUAGUACAUGUAACAUAUCAUGAUGAAAUGUCUAGAUAGAAACUUGGGUCUUCACAAUACCCAUAUACAUGCCUGGCCCAACAAAAAGGGCUUCAAAAGGAUUAUUAUUUUUUUAAUCUCUUUAUGAGAAAUAAAAGAAAUAAUGAAAA